CUUACAGCACAUAGAAAAGCGCUUCCCUUUGGAAUCGACGCCGAUUAUUUACGGGCAAAAACCGCGUUUCGGACAAUGGUCCAUGCGUGUAUCUCCAUAGAAACCGAGCAAGGACACGGUGCACGAGCGCGUUGCUGUUAGCCAAGCCGCGCGCGCUCUCACUGGGUCUGCCGUUUGGGUUGGCCCCCUCUGAGCGCACUCUAGCUGCUCUAGCUCUGUGUGUGCCUUCGUAUCGGAUGUACUGUGUAAUGAUCAACCACACAGCGGCUCCCUCACUCGGCGACGGCUCCUUCACGGAAGCUGCCGCUGCCCCCUCGCGCCGCUGCCGCGUCUGUCCGUCCGUGGUUUUGAAGGGCAUGUCGGUGUGAGCUGCAGUUGCAGCCUGUGUACGAACACGGUUAGGGACGCGGGAGGUGUAACCUGCCUGGUGACAAACCUGUGGUCAGCAUCGCUUUAAGCCCACCUACCUGCCUUGGCUGCACCUCCUCUCUGCCCAUCCACCGACUGAGAGAGGAAGGAAGGGAGGAAGGAAGGAAAGAAAGGAGAAGGGCGAAGAAGAUGCCGAUGGUAACUCUGAGGAGGCAGCAGCGGAAAGUUCACCGUGUUUCUCUGUAACAGCGAGGGGAGUCGUAUUCGUUUUCCACCCUCCAGACCGCGGGCUGAACGACCUCUACGUCUGCACACAGGGUUUAUUUACUCCGCAGAGCCCUGCACAGAUAUCACAGAAAUGGACCAAGAUAACCUGAGCCAAAGCAAGACACGAGACGAGGGGCCAAGCAGGGGAGGAGAGGCUUCAACAGCAUCUGCAGCUCCAGCCUCAGGCGCACCCUCCGAUCCCACCGCCGGCCAGCCCCCUGCACCUCCCAGGCCUCGGCGGCCCCAGAGAACUGCCAGGGUUGAGGGGUCUGUAGAUAUUUCAGAAACCAGAGUUGAGCCCAAAACCGAACCCAAAACCGAACCCGGUCCACCGAUCAACCUGAAUGAGAGCAGUCCUGACGGCACUGUGGUAAGCCACCCGAAACCCCCUCGCCCCGCCGGAGAGCGCACCGGGCCGAGCAUUAAGAGCGGUCCUAAAGGUCCAGGUCACCACCCUGUUAGAGCCGCCUCCGUGCCCCAACCACCCCCUCACCUGAACCCGCACGCACAGAGAGCCCUGUCUGUGGCAGGCACUGCUGACACUCAGCCUCAGACUCUGGAGGACUUCAGGGUGCACAUCAUCACCUGGAACGUGGGCUCUGCCACGCCGCCUGAUGACAUCACCGCUCUGCUGGGACUGAACGUGGGGGACGGAAACACGGACAUGUACAUCAUAGGGCUGCAAGAGGUGAACUCCAUGAUUAACAAAAGACUGAAAGAUGUCCUGUUCACAGACCAGUGGAGCGAGGUCUGCAUGGAGAGGCUGAGCCCCUUUGGUUAUGUGCUGGUGACAUCCCAGCGAAUGCAGGGCCUGCUACUGCUGGUCUUUGCCAAAUACUUCCAUCUGCCUUUUCUCCGUGGAGUCCAGACAGAGACCACCCGCACCGGACUGGGGGGUUACUGGGGAAAUAAAGGUGGAGUUAGCGCCCGAAUGAUGGUGUUUGGCCACAGCAUCUGCUUCCUUAACUGCCACCUUCCUGCUCACCUGGAAAACCAUGAUGAGCGUAUGGAGGACUUCGAGAGCAUCUUGCAGCAGCAGCAGUUUGAGGGCCAGGUGGCCACUGGUGUCCUGGAUCACGAUCUUGUUUUCUGGUUUGGGGAUCUCAAUUUCCGCAUUGAAGAUCUGGAAAUCCAAGUUGUAAAAUCCGCCAUUGACAACAACAAGUUCCCCAUGCUGUGGGAGAAGGAUCAGCUAAACAUGGCCAAAGACAGUGAGACGGUGUUGGAAGGGUUCCACGAGGGACCGCUGAAAUUUCCUCCCACCUACAAGUUUGACGUUGGAACAGACACAUACGAUACAAGUGGGAAGAAGCGUAAGCCAGCUUGGACUGACCGGAUCUUGUGGCGCCUGAGGGCCACAGCACCAGCUGCUCAGAGCGUAGGGAAGCGCGGUUCGAUUUCAGGGCUGACCAGCGGGAUAAAAGUGACGCAGCACUGUUACCGAAGCCACAUGGAGUACACCGUCAGUGACCACAAACCGGUGUCGUCCAUCUUUACCCUGCAGUUCCCUUACAGGGUGGACAUUCCUCUGGUCACUCUCAUAGUGGAGGAUGAGUGGAACAGCAUUGAAGAUGCCAAGGUGAUCUUCAAACUGGUGCACAGCUACUCCCGCAGCUCUUGGGACUGGAUUGGAUUGUACAAGGUGGGUUUCAAGCACCAUAAGGAUUACGUGGGAUACGUGUGGGCCAAGCAGGAUGAGUCGGAGUUUCCCUGCCAGGAACAUCAGGUAACCUUUACAGAGGAGGAAUUACCCAAAAGCUCAGGCGACUUUAUCUUGGGUUACUAUAGCAACAACAUGAGCACCAUAGUGGGUGUAACAGAGCCAUUUCAGAUCCAGCUACCCACUGUCGACCGCGACAGCAGCUCUUCAGACAGCUCCGACUUCAGCUCAGAAGACGACAGCACCGUUGUCAUGAAGAUGAGGUCCCGCAGUCCGAGUCCACGUAAGGCCAAGCACCGCCGGCAGCGCAGCGGCAGCCGCUCCGCCAGCCGCUCCGGCAGCCCCGCAGAGCCCAAGAUGAAGGAGCUGGGCAUCAGUGACGGCGGCGCUGCAGGGAGCGAGUCUGCAGGACGCCCAGCAGAGGGCGGUAGCAGUCAGACCUCUGGUCCUGGGGCAACAGACAAAAACACAGAGGAUUCAGGAAUGUGAUGCAACAAAAGCCCGGCUGUUUUUACAGGUUACAUAACCAACUGUUGUGUCUUUAUUUCAUACAUUCACUGCUCUGUAUGUUUUCUGUUCUGAAAAUAUACGGUUUAUAAUGCCACCCUUUUCAGGAAUAGUCAUCUGGUUGGUCCAGAUGGUUUUACUUGGCCUUGAGUUAUUGUAUUAAGCUGUGCACUUGGCAUGUUUUUUUUUUUUUUGUAUUUGUUUUGUAUACCUUUCACUCUGUCCAGUGUUUUCUCUACCUUUGUCCGUUCUCAGGUGUGGACAGUACAGGGAGCUGACAACAACCUGCAUUUAGAUUAACUCAUAGAUACACAGUUGUAAAGUAAUGCAGUCCAUCUUCACUUUUCACAACAGUAUUUGAUGUACCAAAAUAUUGGGUCAUAAUAGUGCAAAUACGAUGGGGACAGAUCUUCUAUUACUGAUUAAUUUGGCCUAAAAGAAGUUAAUUCAAAUUGUCUGAAGUGCCUUGCAAAAGUGUUCAUACUUCUUGUACUUCUUACACAGUUUAUCACAUUAAAACAGCAAACUUCAGUGUAUCUUGCUGGGAUUAUGAUGUGAUACAUUACAAUUAAAUAGUGCUUGACUGUGGAGUAAAACGAUACAUCGUUUUCACAUUAUUUUUGGCAAAUACAGUAAUUUUUUUUCUACAAAUUUUUCCCUGCAAUUACAGCUUCAAGUCCUCUGGAAUAUUGUGCUUAGCACAUCUAGAGACUGAAUACUUUGCAAAACAGCUCAAUCUCAGUCAAAAAACAAAGUGAAUUUUUCCAAAUCUAAACCAAAUGGAGGCAUAAAUCCUCCAUUUGGUUUAGGUCUGGAUUUACCCUGGGCCAUUCUAACACAUGAAUGUAAUUUGAACAAAACCCUUCCAUCGUAUGUCCUAUUUCAUAAUUAGGCAAACAUGUGCCAAUGCUGAGCUCUCUCUGGGAGACGGUAAUAUUCUGCACAGCUGUGAGCUUUCAGAAAUAAACCCAGGAGUGCGGGACGGCAGGAGGUGUGCUGCAGCGUCAACUUCAAUUGACCAGAGCGUUUUUUUCCUCAUGUUUGAAUUUUUUUUAAUCUUCUUCAACAGAUGUGCAUAAUUACAGGGAAGAAACAGGGGAGGCGGGAUUUAACAGAAUAUAUUUGAAGGGAAAUUAACUAAUGGAGCAUGAAAUCAAAGUCAAACACCCACAGAACAGUUUUGCUAAGAAAGUGUCGUUUUUAGUUGCUGGGAAUAAAUAAAAAUAUUUUCUAGACCAACAAAAUUGACCCAAAAAAAUGAAGAACCUUUGUGCCUUUGCUUUAUUAAGGCAAAACAAAAAUGUAAUUACUUUGUUUAAGAAUAAAUUGCAUGUUUAAUUAAUUGCUGGGCAGGCAAAAUGAAAUCAAUUUGCAAUUAUUUUUUUUUCUAGUUGUGAAAAAAAUACGGCUCCUGAGUACUUUAAAUUUGGGGAUUAUGGCCCACGUUGUAGAAAGUUUGGACCCCCCCCCUUUAACCUCAGAGGCUAUAACUCCUCCUUCAGCUCAUAAUCAUGUUUGUCUAAUUGUGUAAAAUCUCAAUGAAAUACCCUGAGGUUUUUGGUUGUAAGAGAAUAUGGACGGGUUAAAGGCGUAUUAAUACUUUUUGCAAGGCACUGUGUACGCUCAUCUUGUCAGCCUAUAUCACUCACAUUACUAGUUCCUGCAAACAGCAAAGCCUGUGGCUUGCCUUGUGGACAAUCCCCUGCUUUGAUCAGUCUGUGCACAUUACAACGUUGCCUAUUAUGCAGGGAGCACUUCAAAGGACCAAUUUAAAAGAAACGUAUCCUUACUGAGUGCAUCAGAAACCGAGCAGAACCAAAGUGGGUCUGAGGCAGGGAUUCCGGUAGCUCUCAGAUGCACAGCACAUGCAUGUCUAACGAGCAGUAGUGUGCAUGAGCGCCUUUAAAUAGACCGCAUUACAAUCAUCAGCAGGCGGCUGUGGGUGUGGACGGUGGUGUCGGCUGUCACGGCAGAACUGGUUGAAUCGCUGCUGGCCGGGCCCGCGUCACAGAGGCCACCACUACAGGAAUACCUGGGCUGAUCCCGCGUGACUCCUUUCUACGCACACACCCUCCUGAGCUUCAUACGAUUUUGUUUUGGUUUUUCUGUUAUUCCGUUUGCAAAUAUAU